GGAACGACGAACGAGAGCUGUGUGAUCGACGAGGCACGAUGAAGAGGAGAAGGACAGGUCUGGGAUCAGCUGUGCUCGUUUCACGAUCGCCAAAAGAGGGAAAAAAAUAACGACUUGGGCAAGCAGAUAAUAUCCUGGAUCGAUCAGAAAGCUUCGAGUAUGAGAUUCUAAUGAAUCCUAAUGAUUCAUUUGUUUAUAUAUCUAGUGCAGUUCAUCCUUGUUUAACAGUCUGUGAUUGGAUGCUGUGGAUAGAGGAGGAGUCAGUGAUCACAGUGCAGAACAGAGGCUAAGAAGGAAAGUAUCAAUCUGCCAAAGGAAUCCUCAGGAGUGCAGGUUCCUACCUCAGAGUCCUGAAUCUUCUCUUCUUUUCUUAUUUUACUUCUUCCUCUUUUUUUUUCAGUUGUUUUCUCUUGUCCUCAUCAUCAACAGUCUCUUUUAAGAGUCUCUGUGUUUAUCUGCUUUUCCCCCCUGAUUUUUCUGAGAACUCUGCUCUUUCGAGUUGUCACGCUCGAGAAGGACGGUGUGUGAGGGUUAAAUAAUAGCAGCUGGAAAGCUUGCUGACGCUCGAGGAUGACAGAGAGACCUCCGUGCAUAGACAAAAAGCAUCUCUUUAGAUCUCUUUAGCUCAGAUGGAGAUGGAAGGCGCAGAAUAAAAGUGAAAAUAAAAUAAGAUGAAAAGAGGGGGACGGUGGUGAGGAGAUCCUACAGAAAUGAACAUCUCAGCGCAUCACGGGCUGCACCACGGCCACCGGAACCACAGCCUGGCCGUGCAGAUUGGAAACAAAGCCGUCUCUGGGGAAAGAAACUCUGCAUCGGGAUGCUAUGAGCAACUGUUAAUCUCCACUGAGGUCUUCAUCACGCUAGGGUUGGUCAGCCUUCUUGAGAACAUUCUGGUAAUCGCGGCCAUCAUUAAGAACAAGAACUUCCACUCGCCCAUGUAUUUCUUCAUCUGCAGCCUGGCGGUGGCAGACCUUCUUGUGAGCGUAUCGAACGCGACGGAAACGGCCGUGAUGGCGCUGAUCACCAGCGGCAACCUGACCAUCUCUGGAGAUGUUGUGAAAAGCAUGGACAACGUUUUUGACUCCAUGAUCUGCAGCUCACUCCUGGCCUCCAUUUGGAGUCUCCUGGCAAUUGCUGUGGACCGCUACGUCACUAUCUUCUAUGCCCUUCGCUACCACAAUAUCAUGACCCAGCGUAGGGCAUCACUUAUCAUCAUAUGCAUCUGGAGCUUCUGCUCAGCAUCCGGUGUGCUCUUCAUCAUCUACUCAGAGAGCGCUACGGUCCUCAUCUGCCUUAUCAGCAUGUUCUUCACCAUGCUGGCCCUCAUGGCCUCGCUUUACGUUCACAUGUUCCUCUUGGCACGUCUUCACAUGAAACGCAUCGCCGCCUUACCAGGAAACGGCCCCGUGUGGCAGGCGGCCAACAUGAAGGGUGCCGUGACGCUCACCAUCCUGCUCGGAGUCUUCGUCGUAUGCUGGGCUCCAUUUUUUCUCCACCUCAUCCUCAUGAUCUCUUGCCCCAGGAACCCGUAUUGCGUCUGCUUCAUGUCGCACUUCAACAUGUACCUGAUUCUGAUCAUGUGUAACUCUGUGAUCGACCCGCUCAUCUACGCCUUCAGGAGUCAGGAGAUGAGGAAGACCUUCAGGGAGAUCUGCUGUGGAUGGGCUUCAGGGUGGAGCUGUGGGUGGAGUUGCGUCGGCAUUGAUGAGAGGCUUAACAGCUAUUAAUUGAACGUCUCGUUUACGUUCAUCGCUCCAUGAACUUAUUCAUGGUCUGAAAUCAUGAACUAUAGCAAAUGAAACGACUUCACCACUAACUUCGGUCUACUUUUGUUCACCAACAAAAAAACCAAACCCUUCAAAAUAACAAUGAACUUGUUUGAUGAAACAGCCUUGAAUUCUCUCCUUUGCUGCUUAACUGUAAAGAUUUUCAAUCAUUUCUGCCUUUCACUCAUCACCAACAGGUGGGUUACGUUUGCUCUAAUAUAAUUUCUGGACAAAAUCGUAGAUACUGUCAGCAGUGAAAAGAAAAAUUGAUGCAAGUCUGCAGGGAAGAGCUGGAAUCAAGUAAUUAGUAAUUAUCUUAUCGAUUAAAGUAACUGGGGACUUCAUAUCGAACAGCCAGCUCUUUCUCAGUGCCUGGAUAAUGCCUCGAGUCUCAUCUUAUCUCUCGCUGGUCGAUUUUUUUUCCUCAUAUCAAUUCACGUCAUACAGCGUAGGAUUUGUAUCGUGCUGUGAAAUGGCUGUGACGCUCUGUACCUCAUUUUGUGCUGUGACGAGACGUAUAAUUACGUUAUCCUGCACAUCAUGCUGAAAUGUGUAUAGAAAAUAUGUCAUGAAUGUCAAAAUCAUUAUGGAAGUUUCUAUUCAUUUUAUUUCUAAAUAUCAACCACAGCAGACACACCUCAAGUUCAGUUCUUUGCUUUAAAGUCAGAUUCAAAUAUUGU